CCACCCUAAUGUCGAAGAUCAAGAAAAGAUAGCCCUCAGAUAGACCUGAGAACAUCAGUCAUUAAUUCAUUAUGGGCAACAAUCUACAAGCCCAGCAACAAGUCUCUGAUCCAGCUCCUUGGCCCGCAGAGCUUGUCAAUGCUUUCGCUUCACUUGUAGCUAAAGUAAAGUCUAAAUCAAGCGAGACAAUAUCAGACCUUUCAGUCCUCGUGGACUACAUAUGCGGGCUACCAAUCAGUAGGAGCAAUCAUCAUCAGUCCACAUCAUCGGACAGUCUCAUUCCUCAACUGAAAGAGGCUCAAACUCUAGAUAAAGUUUACGACGUGAUCCAACCAUUGAUUAGAUUCAAUCAAUGCGACCUGCUCAAGUGUCUUGUUGAUAAAUUUGGAGAGGAGGAGACCAAGAGAGAGCUGGAGGAGUACUUGUCAUCAGUGGAUAAGUUCAAUCGAGAGAUGACAGUUGACGAGUUAGUGGAACUGAUGACGAAGCAACAAAUUAACUGGACAGACCAAGAAAGAGAGAGAGCCGAGACAGAAGGAUGCACCAUUAAAAUGAUACUUGACGAUAAGUACGGCAGGAAUAAUCUCGACCGGUUGCAGAAAGAUGUCACUUCUAUUUUCAAUUGUGAGAAUUAUGUCCUAGCUCUUGCUGCUGCAAAGAAAGGCUCCAUAGAGUUAGUGUGGUGUACUGGAGUGGGGGCUGUCCAGUACUUGACUGAAGCUGCAGUUGAUAAUAUGGAGCUACUGAAUGAGAUUGGAGUAAUUGAAUUAAGAGUUGGAACUAAUUCCAUAAAAGUAAAUGGAGAGGUUGAUGCUAGUGAGAUGCCUCCAUCAAACAAUGCCAUUGAUGAAGUGUGUGCAGACGGUAACACUACAUCUCAAGAACAGGGGCUUCUCUUGAACCUGUUCCAAAAUAUUGCCGGAUUCAUGAAAGCAGGGAAUUUGGAAGAUGCUUCCAGGUUGCUGCACGAUCCUCAGCUACCCAGUGAUGACUUAGGGGAGUUAUUACAAAUGGUGGACGAAGAGGGUUCAUCUUUACUACACAUUGCUGUCACCGUCAAUAACUUGGAGAUGGUCAAGGUUGUUCUCACUGCUAUACACAAGAGAAAUGAGGAGUCAUUGAAGUGGCUACGGAAUGCGAAAGGAGAGUCCCCAUUACACAUUGCAUUCCACGUUGAUAGUAUUGAGAUUAUUAAGGCAUUGCUGGAAUUCCCUAAAGCAGCUGUCAUCCCAUCUAAUCACGCCAACCUACUACAGAUAGCAGCCAGUGAUCCUUCACCCAAUUCUGUCAUUAAACUCAAAUUAGUCAUGGAACAUUCAAAUGGGAAUCCACUCAAUCUCUAUCCUGAUUUCAGACAGCAUUUCCCUGCCGUUCGAUUCCCAAAGGCGGAGCUAGAGAGUACCAUACCAGUCAUUGUUGUUGGUGAUUCCAAUGCUGGAAAGAGCACUCUUAUAAAAUCCCUCCAGAUCGAAGGUGUCAAGAGUCAAUUCUUUCAUUUAUUUUUCAGUGUCUCAAACGUCAGUGCUCACAAGGCUGGUAUAAUUCCGACCCCAUUCCAAAGUGCCUGGUUUGGGAACGUAGUUUUCUACGACCUCUCAUCACAUCGUGAGUUCGUACAUGAGGCAAUACUACACUGUGGGCACCUCUCUGAUGCUGUAUUCAUUGUCGUUGUCAAUCUUCAUGACAAGACUGAUGACAUCACUAAGCAGCUGGUAUACUGGCUCAAGUUCGUCAAGUAUCAUUACAACAAGGCCUGUGGGAGGUCCGACCGACUUCCUAAUGUAGCAAUUGUUGGUAGUCAUCUUUAUCAGCUGAGGUUUGGGAAGCUGGCCAAUAGAGAGAGGUUUCUACAUUACGCCUAUCCAAGAGCUAGACCUCAUUUCAAUGAAGCUGAUUUCAAUAUAAUAGCACGUGAGCUGAUGGACUGUAGAAAGAGCUCAGUACCUAAUACCAUACUCCAUCUUGCUCUCUCUCAUGAGUUCAAGACACUUCGGAGAAACAGGCCACAGCUGCCAUCCCAAAGCUACAUAUUGUAUGGAAUGAUGAAGGACUACUGCAACAAGAAGAGGGUCUCAUUCAUGUCUGUGUGUGAGAUCCUCGUCCUCCUGGAUAAGGAAGAUGCUCAUUGCAAGAUGAUUCAACCAAAAGUCAUGGAAGUCCUUAGACUUUGUAAGCCACUGGGAGAGCUCAAUCUCCUCCUGGUGCUUGAAAAUGAGGAGGAGCUUGAGAGGAGUUGGAUAGUCAUUGACAGUCAUUCUCUUCUCUGCAAGGUAGAGCAGGCCAUUUUUACUGACGACACACCAGCUACAAAUGAUGGUAUCCUAAUGCAUGAUGUUCUAUUGAAUCUAUUUGAUGCUAUGCCUAACGUUGAUCCUGAGAUGAUGAUAAAGCUCAUGAUCCAUUACUGCUACUGCUCCAAACUCCAUUCCACAUUCUCCCCUCUUCCUUCAUGGGCAAAGCACAACAGAUACUUCUUUCCUCAUCUCCUCCCUGAGCAGCCGAUCAGCCAACCAGCACAACAAAAGUUGAUGUUUGCUUGGACUCUCUCACCUUCUUCACCUUACCAAUACUUCAUGCCGUACUUCAUUCAUCACUUUUUACUGCAGCUCUGCCAAGAGCCCGAGAUUUCACGAGAGAACUAUGAUCGUGCUCGCCGCACUUUAAUCACAAGCUUCCCUGCUAUUGGUCUUGAGAUGGUAGUACAUGUCUACUCUAAUCAAGCUAUCAUCGUGAGCAUGAGGACUGAGGGUCCCAGCUCGUCUGAAAGUAUCAUAAACUGCCUCCAAAUGAGGAACCGACUGGUGGCUAAGAUAAGAAAUGUUGUUGAGGAAUUGGAUCCCGAAAUUAAGAGUAAUCUCUCGCUUAAAGAAGCUCUGAUUAGUGGAAAAGAUAUGCGACAUCCUGUCCACUAUCCUGUACUACAGCCACCAAAGAUAAGAGGAAUCAUACACUCUGAGAUAAAGCAGAGAUAUGGUAUAGAUGAUGUACUGAAUGCAGUUAAGAAUAGAUCAAUGAGUGUUAGACCAAUGAAUCAUCCUGAACCACUGUCAUCAGUUGAAGACCUGCUAGAGUUUGAACCUUAUUUCUAUCUAAGUGAUGAAGUGAGAUCAACUUUAAAAGAUCCUGUGAAUCCAGCUGACAGCAUCAGUGAUGCUUUCUUUGAGAGUUUAGCUAGAGACCUGGGGAUGGAGAGACUUCAUUUGGUUUUGUCUGCAGUUGGAGUGUCCUCCAUUGAUAAUGAGUCCAUUAGGGAGGUACCUGAGGGUAACUUUCACAGGAAGCUGAGCAGAGCUGUUAGUUUUGUACAAGGAAUGGGACUAACUUAUGAUAGACUAAGGACCAUACUGGACUCUGUGUCUUUCUUUAAACUUCAUGAACUUUACUAAUAGUAGAUGUUGUUAUAAUUGUCUCAAAUGUUUUAUAAUUAAUUAUUUUGAAAUAACAAAUUUUAAUGCUAUUAAUAGCAGUCAAAUCAAA